CUCGGCUACAUACCCGUAAACCACUCAAGAAGACAAUAUUGGACCGAAAGUGGUGGGACGCACAAAGACUGGACCGCGUCAAUAAUUGAUCGCUCUCUUUCGGUCAGAACGUGGGACGUUUCAGAAGGGAGCUCUACAUGUGAUUCAGUGAGUUGCUUCAUCAGCAGCAGGCAAGGCAGCUGCAGUUCCCCUCGUAAACACACUCAUAUAGCCAGUGUGCAAGAAGGAGCAAGGACAUACCUUUUUGCCAGGAAACAGGAGAUGCUAGGCGUUUGCACUUAAUAUCAUCGUUUGCCAUUGCAAAAAAAACUUCAUUUUUGAGAGUCUUAUUGUCGUUUUUGAUAGAUUCCAAUCGCCGGACAGAUCUGCCAAUAAAGGACUAUUUCUCCUGCUGGACCUGAAUGUAAGAUCGCGAGGAUAAAGAAGUCAGGAAUCAAAAGCCAUCAUCAUGGAUUUUGUUAUGAAGCAAGCGUUGGGAGGAGCUACCAAAGACAUGGGGAAAAUGCUGGGUGGGGAAGAGGCUGAGAAGGAUCCUGAUGCGGAGAAAAAGGAGGAGGAAAGACAAGAGGCACUUCGGCAACAGGAGGAGGAGAGGAAGGCAAAAUAUGCAAAAAUGGAAUCGGAGAGAGAAAAUGUCCGACAGGGCAUCAGGGAUAAGUACGGCAUCAAGAAGAAGGAGGAGAAGGAAGCCGAGGCCCAGGCUGCUUUGGAUCAGGCAGCAGAAGGGAGUCUCACCCGCCCAAAGAAGGCUGUCCCACCCGGCUGCGGAGACGAGGAGGAGGAGGAAGAAAGUAUCAUGGACACCGUCAUGAAAUUCCUUCCUGGUCCACUUAUGGAUAUGUUCAAUAAAAAGUAACAGUGUUGGCGAUAUUAGAUUGUUAACCUUCCAACACACAUAACCAAGACCACCAUCCUAACCAACCCUUCUCCUUCACCCAUACAUCCCUGUUCUAAGAGCCCUGGUUGAAUCAAGAUGCCAUAAUAUUUGUCCUUAACUUAAAUGAUCUGUGUUACAUUGUCUUAUGUGGAAGGAAGACUACUGAUUGGUGAUACUAUGAGACCUAUGUAGCAUCUGCAUAGAUCCAAAACAUUAACUUAAAGACAAAUUUGAUGUCAGGUUUUCAAGGUGUCCAGGCCUUAGAAUGUGAUCUGAGAUCAACCAUAAUCCACCCUUUUUGUUUGUAAACAGCCUCUGGUUUAAAAUAAAUAUAUGUGAUUACCAGAAAAUAUAUUAAAAAGUCUAAGCCAUAAUUUAAACUUUUGAGAAAUUCUCCAAAUCAUAUCAAAUUUGAUUGAAUUUAGCUGUUUAUUGCUUCUCCAUUGAGACUUCAUCCAUAUACUGUUCUACGUCCCAAAACAUUCAUAGGUUCUAAUGUCAAAUAAAUUAUAAUAAUGGUAAUAGUAACAAUGUGGUGAACCAGAAAGAAAAUGGAUAACUAAUUCAACAAGAAAUGUUUUUCAAGCAUGCAGUUAAUAUAUUUUUUUGGAGUACAGUACAUGUACAAAUUCCAUUUAAUUUGUUAUGAUUAAGUGAAAUACAUUAAUACUGAGGCAAUAACUCUGGUUUUCAAUUUUGUUUCAAUGACACCACUACUACUAUGUACAGUAGGCUAGACAUAAACAUCCUAACUGUUCUUCCUUGAGAUGUCCACGAUAAAAAUGAAAAAUGCUCAACAAUGAACCAAACAACAUUGGCAACAUUCCUGAUGUACCUGUGCUUAGUACAAACCAAUAGAGUUGUAUGUCUUGUUGCUAACUUUAUCUGCUUCGCUCCUAUAAAGUAGGACUUGUGGGAAUCAAAUCCGGCAAUUGGACGCAGAUGCUUAUUCUUCUUAUUUCCAUGUCUGUAAAUAUAGAUUUAACGAGAUGUACUCAUCAUUUUCUCAAUCACAACUAUGUUGUGAACACACUUUAUGUGAACAGACAGUGACAAUGGUGCAAUAUACAGUAUUGUUCAAGGUUUUCCUGUUAACUAAAUGGAGGGCAGUCCUGAAUCAGCAAAAACAGACACUCUUCAUUGUUAUGUGUUGAGCUUAAUACGUUUUGUGUGUCAGUGUACAGACACAGCGUUGUCUGACUAGUAACGGCAAAGCAUACGAACUCAGUCUGAAGUGUGAUGUGGGGAAAGAGGUGGAGGUUUGGCUUAAUGUAGGGGGUUUGAUCGGGCAGCAUUUGAACCGGUGAGGGUUCUCUCAGUGGGAUUUGAUUUGUGGUUCUAACAUACCGGUAAAUUGUGAGAAUGCAGGACAAGACAGGUAAUUAGUAGUAACUUAAGACGCAUGUAUACGCCAUAGGAAAGAGUUGUCCUCCGCUGAGUUUGUAUACAUGUAUAUGUUGUCCAUUUUGAUCCCAGAGGUCAACAUGUAAAUUUCCCCAGAAGUUGCUGUGCUAUAGUUCUACCACAGAAUUAUUUAUUGAAAGUUUAUUCUAACUUUAUUGAAAGUUAUUUCAUAAUUUUCAAUCUAUUUCUUAAUUUCUUAAUUUAAAAUUAAUUAAGCUGGACCGUCUGCUUCAAACAUUCCAAAUAUUUAACACAUUCCAUAAGGCCACUGGCUUCAUAGGAUCAUGGAUAUCCAUAUGGCCACUGGCUUCAAAUAAUCAUGGACAUCAAAUGACAAAUUUGUCGCUAGUAUGUGUAAAGAAUGCCUUUGAUGUUCUUCUCUUCCUGUAAGGAAAUUGUGCUUGAAAAUCCUUUUUUAAGUGUUGAGGUAGAUAAAGAUUCAACACAUGACCAAGUAAAUGUCAAUAGCUAUCUUGCCUGCCAUGUACAGAAAAAAAAGUCCAACAUGUAAUCAAAGGGAAAAAUGUAAUGCAUUAUAGCAGCUAGCUAGCUAACUUAUAGGUUGCUAGGUAACAGAUAGCUUGUGAAGCCUUUAUUUGGGAGUGAACAAGCUAGUUAGCUAGCUAUUGAGCAUUUGUCAAUAAUGCACAAUCUGGGAUAAUAAUAUUUGCUUGCAAACCAAUAAAUGUUGAGUACACUAGACAAGUGCCAAGCAGUUAGGCAAUGGUAUUUGUGAAACUGCCACUGUUUAUAUCGGCCCAGUGUUGAUGCUAGUUAGAUUCAAGAUUAGCCGUUAGAAACCUGCCAGGUGUGAUUCUGGGGCCUUACUAAUGUAGUAGCAGUGAAAUAGAGAAGAAGAAUUAGCAUGACGUAAAACCUAGCUACAUAGUACGCUCUCAAACUUUCCUGCCAAUUGCCUACAAUGUUUAAAGCUAGACAUAUGAAAGCCACAACAUUGAGGUCAUUUAUAGAGCACAUUUAUAGAACUUCCUGUGAUGUUUAUGUACUUGUGAACUGCCUUCAGCCACUUAUUUAUCAAUGUGCUAAAACUUAGCUGAAAUGAACGACCAAUACUUGUUGGUAUUAUACAAUUACUGUAUACUACUUUUCUAUUUAUUAGUUGUUGGCACAUGCAUUCAUCGACAGCAUUCAAUUCAUCAUUGACAUGUUUUAUUCUAUUAAAAACCAAAGAAUAGUCUUGUUAGUGAUAGAAUGUCUCAUAUUUUCAAUUUCUUUAUCUCAUGUUUUUUCUUUAUUUCAAAUUCUCAGGUAUUUUAGCUUUUCGUUUGUAUGUUUUUAUUCAUAUUUUGUAGUGAUCAUGUAAUGACCACAACUUAGUUUGAAAUUGCAGUAUUUUGUUGUUAGGGACCAAGCACACCACAUCAUUCAUUUACGAGGAUAAUGGAUAGAUGGCAUGGAUCUGGUUUGCCCCUAUACAUUUUUUUAUAGAACCAACCCGACAAGGUUUUCCAGCAACUUACAGUUGUCUGAAAUCCUGUCAUAGUUCCAGAUUUCCUACUUGGAACAACACAUUGUAGAAUUCUAAACAGUCAUGAAAGUGCUCAGAAAGAAAAACAGUCACCUUCACCUUUCAUCUACAAAAUGGCAUCUCUGCCUAUUUGUCAUCAUCACCUAAUCGCAAACAAAUGCCACUUAUUGACGAAUGGCUGAAAAACAAGUCACAUGUCUAAAAUGGUUCUUUGUUUGCUAUUCUAGUAGACACCAUGCCAGAUUACUGUUGAUCCACUCUUUCUCGCUCUUCAAGUUAAACCAUUCUUUCAUUUCACCCCUCAAUUAACCAUCGAUAUGAUAAAAACUGCCUGAUAAAAAUCUCACUUAAAACAUUCCUAUGUUGUGACUUGAAUGUAACUGUCUGAUGUUUCUAUCUUUGCAUUGUCUUCAACUGUUUCCUCUGUGUUGAGAAGAUGCUUAUUCUGGUGCAGUUUUCUUUCUGUAUCGUUCCUGUUUACGUCCACUGGUGGUUGUACUUCGAGAAAUCUGUCUCUUUAGUAUUUUUUUGUAUUGUAAAAUGUUCUUACCCUUCUCUCUCUCUCUCUCUCUCUCUCUCUCUCUCUCUCUAUUUGUUGACAAUUGUGUGCAUGCUUAUGGUGUGCGAUGUACUGUAGGCAAGGUUGUUAAGAUAAUUGUUUGUGUCUUCUGUGUUGAAAAGCUCCACCUGACAGCCUCCCUGCAUGCCAUUUUAGGCUGAUCUUUUAGUCUCUGUAACAUUCCUGCCAAAAUGGAAUCACCGCACACUCUGAGAAUAAAGUGAUUUCAUAUAAUUGUU